AUGUUCACCCCGACCCACACCCAGCUCACCGUCUACUCGCUCGUCAUCUUCGGCACCCUCUGGGGCGUCCUCGCCCGCCUGGGCCUCCAGUGGAUCGGCGGCUUUGCGUCGACCGCCGUCUUCUCGCUCGUGUGGGCCCAGAUGGUCGGGUGCGCCGUCAUGGGCUUCUGCGUCACCAAGAAGAACGCCAUCGAGCGCGUGUUCCCGCCUUUGUUCGUCAUGUGCGGCACCGCCUUCUGCGGGUCGCUCACGACCUGGUCGAGCAUGAUGGGCGACGUCUUUACCGCGUUCGCCAACCUCGACAAGCCCGCCGGCACCAGUCGCUUCACCGGCUUCAUGACCGGUAUGGGCAUCACGCUCGUCACCUUCUUCAGCGCCCAGGCGGCGUUCCAAGGCGGCAUCCACCUCGCCCACGUCGUCCCGUCGCCGUCCCGGCACCCUCGCUCUCGCCCGGGCCAAGGCCUGUUCAACCUCGCGACCAUCGUCAUCGGCCCCCUCUUCUGGCUCGGCGCCCUCAUGCUCCUCAUCUUUGGACCGUCGAGCUGGCGCUCGCGCGCCACGUUCGCCAUCGUCGUCGCGCCGCCGGGCUCGAUCCUGCGGUACCUCGUCUCGAAGCACCUCAACCCGCUCUCGGCGCGGUUCCCGAUCGGCACCCUCGUCGUCAACUCGACCUCGGUCCUCGUGUUCGCCGUCAUGGCCCUCCUCGCGCACCACUCGCGCUCUGCGCUCGGGUGCGCGGCGCUCAAGGGCGUCCAGGACGGCUUCUGCGGCAGCCUGAGCACCAUCUCGACCAUGGUCGUCGAGUUGCGCGGCCUCCGCACCGGUGACGGCUACCGGUACUUUGCCGUCAGCUGGUGCGUCGCCCAGGCGCUCCUCGUCGUCGUUCUCGGGACCUGGGUCUGGUCCGGCGACCGCGGCGAGCUGUGCUGGCAGCGGUGACGGCAGCGUGGCGGCCUUUUGUCGAUAGAUCCCUCCUCUUCUCGUCUAGACACGCAUUGUUCAUGCUGUUGUUGUU